CCAACCAACCAACCAAACCGGACCCAAUUUUAUUUCACAAAAGGAAAAAAAAUCUUUUAUUUUCUCUCUCAACAAAAUUUAAAACAAAUAUCCGAGAAAAACAGCUAACAGACGAGGAAGAUCUGUAAAAGUCGGCGAUUCUUUUUAGGAACAAGAAGAAAAAGGGGAAGAAGAAAGAAAUGGCAAGAGCGGGAGGAAUAACGAACGCCGUAAACGUAGGGAUAGCAGUGCAAGCCGAUUGGGGGAAUCGCGAAUUCAUCUCUCACAUUUCCCUCAAUGUUCGUCGCCUCUUCGAAUUCCUCCUCCAAUUCGAGGCCACAACGAAGAGCAAAUUGGCAUCAUUGAACGAGAAACUGGAUACCCUGGAACGUCGUUUGGAGCUUCUUGAAGUUCAAGUGGGAACUGCUUCGGCUAAUCCUUCUCUUUUCAGUUGUGGCAGAGACUGAAACCUAAGAGUUAGCCAAUCUUGCCUACAAAGAUGACGUUUUAAGUUCAAAUCUUUAUUUCCACAAUCUUAGCAAUCGAAAUGAAGAAAGAAAGACAGAAAGAUUGGUAACUUGCAUUUUGAGGAAGAUGCUGAAACAGUGCUUGGCAGCUGAAAGUUCUGACUCCGGCCUUUAUAGAUAAUGGAAAAGUUAACUUAAUAGUGAUGGUGGUUAUCUCCUUAACCAGAAGAAAACCAAAUUCUGGACUCCAGUGGAUCCGGAUUUGAAUUUUAUCAAGGCAAAAGAAAGAAACUUAAAUUAAAAAAAAAAAUCAAUUGGCUCUGUGGUAAUGUUAAAACAGUUGCGUUCAUCAAAAAUUUAGAUUUAUUUCACUUAAUGUAUGCCUCUUAACUGCUUUGUUAAUUAGUCUGCUCAAGGAUGUUAAAUGAAUAGUAACUAAAAUGGCUGCUUUUGGCUUGCUUUGUCAUCAGUUCAUUCAUCUUUGUAUUGAUUAUCCCA